UUAACCUAUCUAUUUUUAUUGUGAAUCGUGUGGUGCUAUUUUACUCAAAUAAAUGGUUGAAAACUAUUGUUAACUAUGGAAUUUUGGAAUAAUAUUCUUGGUUCACCUGUAAAAAUAGUUGCUCCAAUGGUGGACGCCAGCGAACUACCUUGGAGGCUAUUGAGUAGAAAAUAUGGUGCUGAACUUUGUUACACACCAAUGUUACACAGUGGUAUAUUUGUUAAAGAUCCUAAAUACAGGAAAGAGGCUUUAGCUUCGUGUGAGGAAGACAAACCUUUAAUAGUCCAGUUUUGCGGUAAUGAUCCAGAUAUUAUGCUCGAAGCAGGUUUGCUAGCGCAAGAUUAUUGUGUGGCUAUAGAUAUCAAUUUAGGAUGUCCACAGGCUAUAGCCAAACGUGGACAUUACGGUGCCUUUCUCCAGGAUGAAUGGCCUCUUCUACACAAUAUCGUGAGUACUAUGAGCAAAAACUUGAAGGUUCCUGUUACAUGUAAAAUUAGACGGUUUGAAACCAAAGACAAAACCGUAGCUUAUGCGAAGAUGCUCGAAUCAGCCGGUUGUAAAAUGCUAACGGUACAUGGUAGAUUACGAGAACAGAAGGGACCGUUGACUGGUUUAGCUGAUUGGAGUUACGUUCGAGCUGUGAGAGAUGCUGUUCAUAUUCCAGUGGUUUCGAAUGGAAACAUUCAAUGUAUUCAAGACGUGGAAAGAUGCCUGGCAGAAACCGGAGCUGUAGGUGUUAUGACUGCAGAAGGAAAUUUAUACAACCCCGCAUUAUUUAUGGGUCAAAAUCCUCCAGCUUGGAUACCUGCUAUUGAGUAUUUAGAUUUGGCUGUUAAAUACCCUUGUCCUUUAUCUUACAUUCGAGGCCAUUUGUUCAAAUUAUUCCACCAUGUUUUAUGUAUUCCUUCAAACAAUAAUUUACGGAUUCGUCUGGGCGCUGCCAAUACUAUGGAUCAAUUUAGAUUAAUUGUAAACGAGAUUAAAGACACAUAUGAAUCGUAUCAUGAAGGAUUGAAAUUAUGGGAGCAAACAACAGAGGAAGGAUCGGAAAAUAUUGUACUUCCUCCUUGGUUAUGUCAACCUUAUGUGCGCGAUACUCCGGAAAAUCACAUAAAAAAGGUGGAAAUUAAUAGAAAAGAAGCGGAAGAAAGAGAAAACUUGAAUAGUAAAAGGCACUACGAGGAUGCGGAUGGUCGAACAAUCAGCAGGAAGCAAAUGAAAAAGUUGAGGAGAAUUAGUAGAAGGCCGGAGAAGCCGGACAAUCUUCCCGAUAGGACUUUAGAAAAAUGUUCAAAAUGCGCCAAUCCUUUAGGUUCAAAAUGUUCUUACAAACUGUGCAAAAAAUGCUGCAAAGACAGAUGUUACGUACAGAAUUUAGAUUGUAAGGGUCACAGAAUAUUAGUUAAAACUAGACGAGAAUUAGCCAUAAAAUACGCUAGUAAAGAAACUAAUAAAGAAGUUUAA